GUUGACCACAAUUACGUCAGAUGUUUCUGUUAAGAGUUCUUUUGUAAUGAAAAACAAUAAAGUUGAAUCAGGGGACACCAUUCUACAUAAAUAAUAAUUCAGAAAUUCAUAUUGAAAAGUCCUUCAUUCCCAUUGAAUGAUUUCAUAUUCGUACAUAAUCAUUACGUUUUAUUUUAAUUUUGUAACAUUUUUUUGUAAUGUCAAGUUCUUCCUUAAAUAAAUUAAUUAAAGUUGCUUUAGUGGGAGGUGUAGUUGUUUUAGGAGCCACAACAUGGAUGGAGAGCAAAUUACAAAGUAAAAUAAUUUUUGAUUUAUCACUAUAAAUUGCUAUGUAUGAAUUUAUUAUAUUGUAUAUUAUAUUAUUACAUUAAAUUAACUUUUAAUAACAUUAUCUCAUUAAAUUUUGGUAAUUUUUAGAUGUUCAUUAUAAUUAUAUGUAUAAUAAAUUGGUUUGAGUACAGCCCUUAAACUUAAAAGGCAGCGACUAUUCGGAGCCGGGUAUCAGAAGUGAGAUUUUGGGUUUAUAAAAAAAUAUUUCAAAUAUUAUUAUUGUAGGGUUUGUAAGACAAAAUUAGGUAUCAAAUGAAAGAUAAUUGAAUGGACUAUAUUUUUGUAAACUCACUUCUUCACUCUUAACUAAAAUAAGCUACCACAAAUGACAUCCGAAUAGCCUUUAGUCUAAAGCAGUAGUUCUUAACCUGGGUUCGAUGAGUCAGUCUCAGGGGUUCGGCAGAGGUCCAAAAAAAAUUAGGAAAUAAAAUCAUAUUUUAUUUUUCCUAUUAAGAAAGGUUCGGUGAAUGCACAUAUGAAACUGGUGGGGCUCGGUACCUUCAAAAAGGUUAAGAACCACUGGUCUAAAGGGACCAGGACACGCAUAGCCACUAUUUGGACCCAAUAAUAAUAUUUUAAAUAUUUUUUUAAUCCCAACCUCUCACUUCUGGGACCCGGGUCCGAAUAGCCACCUCAAACUUAAAAAUGCUAAUAUUACUAAUAAUAUUGUCAAAAAUGUUAUUAUCACUAAAGUUUUUAGCCAAAUUCAUUGCUAAACAGUAAUGCAAAAAUUUUAAAAAAAGGAAAUAUCUGGACCUUAUAUGUUUAGAAUAUUAUUUUUUGAAUGUUACAUAAUUGAUGAAUAUUAGCCAGUUUCACAUUGGUGUAUAACAAUGGCCUUCAUUUUUUUCCUACUACAGGUAAUUUCAGAAAGCAAGGAUACUACACUAAAGCCGUUAAAUUGUUACAUAACUAUGAGCCUGCUUCACAGUUCCUGGGACACCCUCUUUAUAGUGGUAAAGUACAUUUAGCAGAUGAAUCAAAGCUAAAAGUAGAAGGAACAACAGCGAAGGUAAGUCUCUGGGUGACAUAACAGAGAUUGAAAGUUGGUUAAAGUAAGGGAUGAUAUUUUUGGUUGAGUUGCAAGUAUCAAUAAUUAUGAAAUUCACUAAUUCAUGGAGGAUGCCAACUAACUACCAUUAUCAAGGAAUAUUGACCCCCCCCCCCCCCCCCUUCCCCCCCCCCUGUCAGUUAUUUAUAUUACAGAAUAAUUUAGGUAAUUGUUUCAUUUGCUAGAGCAAACUUCAUACUAUUGUGCUGCAUAUUUUUUAAAAAAUCUGGUAACCCCACUUAUUAAAAAAAAAUCUAAUGCAUCCAUGAAUGACAAUGACAUCACACUAUUUUGGUAGAUUUUUAGCCCCGCUCCACCAUCAUCACAAAAUUUAGACAUCCACAUAAUUGAUUUUCACAAAUUUGUUAACCCCCUGCCUCCCUAUUUGCAGGACAUCUUUUACAUAUGCAAUUCAUCUGCGUUUAAAUAGAUUACCCCAAUUAUUUCUUUUUUAAAGUGGAGGGGGUGGAGUUAACUAUUUGGCACCACUAGUUUUACAAUGGUUGUGCUAAAAAUUUUAUUUUAAAUAACUACAUUUUAAAACAAUAAGUCAUAUGAAAUUACAAUGCUGUGUAAUCAUAGAAAUCGAUCACAAUUUUGUAUGUUGAAAUAUGACGUAACACUGUAGAUAAUGAUUUAAUUUUCACAGUUGGAAAUACCACUGAAAGGAUCUAAAGGCAAAGGAGCACUGCAUGUCCUGGCUAGCAGAGAAAAAUUAGGAGAUGAGUAAGUCAAAUUGUUUCCGAGUUAUAUUAUUGUGGAUGAUCUUUGAUAACACUAACACUUACAUCACUAUAUAUGAAUUUAUAUGCUUGAAAACUUUGUUAUUAAACAUUCUAUUUCAGGAUACCAACAAUAAAUCUCUGUAGUGUUUAGUAUUAUUUUUAAGUUUGAAAAAUUGUGUUAAUUUUAGUGGAUGGUUUGACAUGUUACUAGAAGGAGAUAAAGUAGGUAAUCUAUGGAGACUUCUUUUUUUAAAUAAUUAAUACAUGAAAUUGCUCUUGUCUUAGAUGGACAGUUGACCAACUAGAUCUAGAAGUGUUCAGCUCAAAGCAGAGAUGGAAAUUUUAUGACAGACAAUUAGCCACACCUACCACGUUGUCAAUUCACCAGGAGACGCCAUCAAUAUCAACAUGAAACAUGUUUAUGGGAAUAAUCUGCCUGUGAUAUGAUAUGUAGGAUUUUGUCACGUGAAAUAGUUUGGUGUGUAGCAGCUGCUUAAACUUGAAGUGAAUAAAACAUUGUCUUUACUGAAAGACAAACUUGAAGUGACUGAACUAUUGUCUUUACUGAAAGACAGUAAAAAUAUGAUUCACUUUAUCUGCCCUUUGGUACAAAUAAUGAAAAUGAAAUAAAAAUAUAUCUCAUUUUGUA